AUGCACUUAUUGUGUUGGCCAAUUCCUCAGGUUGGACAUGUUACAAGUCUCAACUCUCCACGCUUUACUCAAGGGGCCACAUCAAGCAUCAUCGACUUUUGGCCAAACAAUGAGAGCCAGACGUCGUCCGUCCAUGAGCAUCCUGUACAAAAUUUGCGCUCGUUUGAUGUCGGCCAACCGCAGCAACGAGGAGCGACACCGGCUUCAUUGGCCAUGGACGAGAAUAGCCACUCCUCGUCUGUAAACCCGCCUCGAAAUACUUCAUCUUACGUGAUGGAUACCAAUCUGCACACAAAAAACCUCGAGUUCUAUGGGCCAACUUCAUCAGUCGCAUUUUUCCGCCAUGUAGAAACGUUAUCGAAUAGCCAGACUACAGACCCUUCAACUGGACAGCUAGAACCAUCAUCGGCAGCGCUUCUACAUAAUACUGAUUUCCAGCACGAUAUGCCGCAGAAUUUGCCUGUAGCUCCGCCAGAAGCUGAAAUUAAUACUGACAGAUUCCACUUCCGCGUAGCGAGGCGGUUCCUCGAUGCUUACUUCUCUAACAUCCACUAUAUCCAGCCUUUGUUCGAUGAAGAGGUGUUUUUAUCUCGCUGCGAAGACCUGUGGUUCAAUAAGCCUAGUAAACAACCUUUAUCCUUUGUUGCUCUAUACUAUGCCACUUUGAGCUUGGGAGGUCUUGUUAUGACUUUUGAGAACGCAGAAUUAUAUGGAGCAGACCGAUUCACAUGGAGUCGCAAACUAUUCAAUAAUGCACUUUCUAUCAGCAAAGUAUGCCAGCACGAGCUGAACCCUCACGUGGCAUAUCUGUAUUCUGGCCAAGCAGCAAGAACCUCGUUGGCAAUAGGAAUCAAUCGAAAUCCCAUCAACCCAGAUGCAACUGACCCGCGGGCAUCAACUAUAGCAUCAAAAACGUGGUGGGCUGUCUACUGUCUUGACAUACAAACCAGCUUUGCUUUAGGAAGACCCGACAGCCUCGGCCCUGAUCAAUACCACACACAAUUCCUUCCCACAGAAGCUUCUAGUAACGAAAAUACGAGGCCUCAUAUCCUGGAUAUUGUCCCAUGUAUGGUUGGCCUGUCGCGAAUUAUGCGGAAAGUGGCCCUCGAUUUGUACACUCAAUCGUGCAACAUGGGGCAAAAGCUCCAGAUAGCAAAAACACUCGACGCUGAGUUGGAAAAUUGGUUCGAAAAAGUCCCUUCCCACUUUCGAGCUGAGCAGCAGAGUGGCUCGGAUCUUUCCUUAAAGCCGCGGCGGCUCGAUGGCUAUAUCAAGAAGCAGUCUGUCGUGCUUCGACUUCGUUAUCUAAAUCUUCGCAUGGUAAUUCACGGUGUUUUUAUGACUGAUGCGAAAUUAAAGAUAUCAGACGAAGGCGAAUCCCUUCGGAAAUGCCAGUAUCUCUGUAUUCAAUCUGCAGAAGAUGCAAUCGAUUUAAUAUACUCAACUUUUCGCACGGACGACUACUUCCAGGCCUGGUGGUACAACGCAACAUAUACCUUGUUUGCUGUUAGCAUAUUGCUUGCCGUGGUCUUUCGCCAGCUUGCUAGAACCCAGCAGAAACUUGAAAGUAUUUUUGCCCACAUUGAUCGCGCGAUUGCGGUUCUUCAAGCGAUGGAUGACUGUGUGGUCGCGAGGAAUGCGACAUCCAUUAUCCAGCGAACACUUGCUCGUGCUAAGAAAAUUCGCCAGCCAGCCCUUGUACCAUCGUCAUCUCGGGAUGGUGACCUCAAUGGCGUGCUUCACCCCGCUGUUAAUGUGGAGAAUCACUCAGAGUCCGAAAAUGCUGACACACUCUUGCAUCCUCAUACGAUGGAUAUUGAUGAGCUAGGCGAGGCUGUGGAUGACCUUGAUUGGAUUAGCACCUAUCCUUUUAUCGAUAGCCAGCAGGCUUCUUUCUGGACAGAAUGGGCUCAUGAGAUAAAUACUCUCGGGACAUAG